ACGCGAGGCGGUGCAGAAGAAGACCUUCACCAAGUGGGUGAACUCCCACCUGGCCCGAGGGACCUGUCGCAUCGGGGACCUCUACAACGACCUGCGGGACGGGCGGAUGCUGCUGCGGCUCCUGGAGGUGCUUUCGGGGGAGCAGCUGCCCAAGCCCACCAAGGGACGGAUGCGGAUCCACUGCCUGGAGAACGUGGAGAAGGCCCUGACCUUCCUGAAGGAGCAGAGGGUCCACCUGGAGAACGUGGGCUCCCACGACAUCGUGGAUGGCAACCACCGCCUCACCCUGGGCCUCGUCUGGACCAUCAUCCUCCGCUUCCAGAUCCAGGACAUCAGCGUGGAGAGCGAGGACAACAAGGAGAAGAAGUCGGCCAAGGACGCGCUGCUCCUCUGGUGCCAGAUGAAGACGGCGGGGUACCCCGACGUCAACGUCCACAACUUCACCACCAGCUGGAGGGACGGGUUGGCCUUCAACGCCAUCAUCCACAAGCACAGGCCGGACCUGGUGGACAUGGACACCCUGCGCCGCUGCAACGCCCACUACAACCUCCAAAGCGCCUUCAACUUGGCCGAGAGGGAGUUGGGUUUGACCAAGCUGCUGGACCCGGAAGAUGUCAACGUGGACCAGCCGGAUGAGAAGUCCAUCAUCACCUACGUGGCCACCUUCUACCACUACUUCUCCAAGAUGAAGGCCCUGGCGGUGGAGGGGAAGCGCGUGGGGAAGGUGCUGGAGGCGGCGCGGGAGGCGGAGGCGCUGGUGGAGAAGUACGAGGAGCUGGCGGGGGAGCUCCUGGCUUGGAUCGAGCAGACCAUCCUCAUCCUCAACGACCGGCACUUGGCCAACGCCCUCCCCGGGGUCCAGAACCAGCUCCAGGCCUUCAACACCUACCGCACGGUGGAGAAACCCCCCAAGUUCAUGGAGAAGGGCAACCUGGAGGUGCUGCUCUUCACCGUCCAAAGCCGCAUGAGGGCCAACAACCAGAAGGUCUACGUGCCCCGGGAGGGGAAGCUCAUCUCCGACAUCAACAAGGCGUGGGAGCGGCUGGAGAAGGCGGAGCACGAGCGGGAGCUGGCGCUGCGCACGGAGCUCAUCCGGCAGGAGAAGCUGGAGCAGUUGGCCGCCCGCUUCGACAGAAAGGCCGCCAUGAGGGAGACGUGGCUCAGCGAGAACCAGCGCCUGGUGGCACAGGACAAUUUUGGGACGGACAUGUCGGCGGUGGAGGCGGCGGUGAGGAAGCACGAGGCCAUCGAGACGGACAUCGUGGCCUACAGCGAGCGGGUGCAGGCGGUGGGGGCGGUGGCCACCGAGUUGGAGGCCGAAGGCUACCACGACAUCCGGCGGGUCCUGAGGAGGAGGGACACGGUGGGGGGGCUGUGGGACCACCUGCGGCAACUGGUGGCCGCCCGGCGGGAGAGGUUGGGCCUCCACCUGGAGCUGCAGAAGAUGCUGAGGGACCUGGGGCACCUCAUGGACUGGAUGGAGGAGAUGAAGUGCCGCCUCCAGUCCCAGGACCUGGGGAAGCACCUCCACGGGGUGGAGGAUCUCCUGCAGCUUCACGCCCUGGUGGAGGCCGACGUGGCCGCCCAGGCCGAGAGGGUCCGGGUGGUGGGUGCCACCGCCCAGAGGUUCGCUGGGGACACGGGAGGUGAGUGCUACCAACCUUGCGACCCGGCGGCCGUGAGGGAACGGGUGGCCCAACUGGAGCUGGGCUACCGGGAACUGGUGGCACUGGCCGGACGGCGACGUUCCCGGUUGGAGGAAUCUCGGCGCCUCUGGAAGUUCUUCUGGGACGCCGGGGAGGAGGAAGCUUGGAUGGGGGAGCAGGAACGACUCCUCUCCUCCGAAGACGUCGGCCGAGACCUCACCAGUUCCUUACGUCUCUUGAGCCAACACGCCGCCUUCCGGGGCGAGCUGAGCGCCCGGGCCACCUCUUUAGAAGAAGUUCUAGCCCGAGGGAAAGAUUUGGUAGCCCAAGGAGGGUUGGGGUCAACGGAGGUGGCCCGAAGGGUGGUGGAGGUGGAAGGUCGAUGGCAGGCGUUGGGAGAGUUGGCCAACCAACGGGAGAAACGUUUGAAGGAAGCCGCCGGCUUCUUCCAGUUCCAAGCGGAGGCCACCGACGUGGAGAGGUGGCUAGAAGACACCUCCCGUUUGGCCACCAGCCCCGAGUUGGGCCACGAUGAAUAUUCCACUCGGAGCUUGGCCCGGCAACACCGGGAAGUUCAAGAAGAGGUGAGGAACCACCGGCCGGCCAUCGACGCUCUCCAAGACCAAGCCAAAGCUUUGCCACCGGCUUUGGCCAACCGUCCCGAGGUGGCCCAACGGUUGCCGGAGCUGGACCGGCGUUACCAGGAGUUGGUGGCCCGGGCGGAAGGGAGGGGACAAGAUUUGGAGGACGCUUUGGUUUUCUACACCAUGAGGAGCGAAGCCGACGCUUGCGGCCUCUGGGUGGGGGAGAAGGAGCAGUGGCUUCACGCCAUGGAGGUCCCGGCCAAGCUGGAGGACCUGGAGGUGGUCCAGCAGAGGUUUGAGACGUUGGAGCCGGAGAUGAACACCUUGGCCUCCCGGGUGGCCGCCGUCAACCGCGUGGCCCAACAGCUGCUGGCCACCGAGAGGGGCAACCAGGAGAGCAUCCGGGCCACCUGCGAGCAGCUCAACACCAGGUGGGACCGGUUCCGGGCAUUGGCUGACCAGAAGAAGGAAGCCUUGACCUCGGCUUUGAACAUCCAGAACUUCCACUUGGAAUGUAACGAAACCACCUCCUGGAUGAGGGAGAAGACCAAGGUCAUCGAGUCCACCCAAGGCUUGGGCAACGACCUGGCGGGCGUCAUGGCCUUGCAACGCAAGCUCUCGGGCAUGGAGAGGGACCUGGAGGCCAUCCAAGGGAAAGUACGGGACCUCCGAGCCGAGGGGGAGAAGUUGGCCACCGAACACCCGGAGGAGAAGACCACCCUCUCCUCCCGCUUGACGGCCAUCGAGGAGGUUUGGGAAGAACUUCGGGGGAGCCUUCGGCGUCGAGAAGAGUCCUUGGGGGAGGCCAGCAAGUUGCAAGGUUUCUUGAGGGACCUGGCCGCCUUCCAAGCUUGGCUCUCCAGGACCCAACGGGAGGUGGCCUCAGAAGACGUCCCGGCCACUUUGGCCGAAGCCGAGAGGUCUUUGAGUCAACACGAAAGCAUGAGGAAGGAGAUCGCCCACUACGGGGAUGACUACCGGGCCACCCGCGCCGUGGGUCACCAAGUCACCCAAGGUCAAACGGACGCCCAACACGUCUUUCUCCACCAACGUCUGGAAGCCUUGGACACGGGUUGGGAGGAACUGGGAAGGAUGUGGGAGAACCGGCACCACCUCCUCUCCCAAGCCUUCGCCUUCCAACUCUUCCUCCGCGACUCCAAGCAGGUGGAAGGAGUCCUCAGCAACCAGGAAUACGUCUUGUCCCACACGGAGAUGCCGGGAACAUUGGCGGGAGCCGAAGCCUCCGUCAAGAAGCUGGAGGACUUCGUGGCCACCAUGGAAGCCACCGGAGAAAAAGUCCAAGGUUUGGUAGCCACCGGCCGCAAGUUGGUAGCCGAGGGCAGCCCCCACGCCGAGAAGGUGCAGGAGAUGGUGGAUUCGGUGGAGAGAAGGCACCGGAAGAACCGGGAGAUGGCCCAGGAGCUACUGGGAAAGCUGCGGGAUAACUGGGAAUUGCAGCGGUUCCUGCAGGAUGGGCAGGAGCUCACUCUCUGGAUCAACGAGAAGAUGCUGACGGCCCAGGACGUCUCCUACGAGGAGGCCCGGAACCUUCACACCAAGUGGCAGAAACACGAGGCCUUCGCUGCCGAGCUGGCGGCCAACAAGGGCUGGCUGGAGAAGAUGGAGAAGGAGGGUCACCAACUGGCCGCAGCCAAACCGGAGCUGGGGAAGGUGGUGCUGGAGAAACUGGUGUCGUUGCGGGGUCUGUGGGAGGAACUGGAGACCACCACCCGCACCAAAGCCCGGCGGCUCUUCGACGCCAACCGGGCGGAGCUGUGCGCCCAGGCCUGCGCCGCCCUGGGGGGUUGGUUGGCCGAGGUGGGGGCCCAGCUCCGCUCCGACGACUACGGCAAAGACCUCACCAGCGUCAACAUCCUCCUCAAGAAGCAGCAGAUGCUGGAGACGCAGACGGGGGUGCGGGAGAAGGAGGUGGAGGGGGUGCGGGCGCAGGCGGAGGCGCUGAGCCCGGAGGACCCGCGGGCGGCCGAGGUGCGGGAGCGGGUGCGGGGGCUGGAGCGGGAAUUCCGGGGGUUGCGGGAACCGCUGCGGGAGCGGCGCCGGCGGCUCGUGACCUCCCGGGAGGAGCAUCAGUUCCGGCGGGACCUGGAGGACGAGAUCCUGUGGGUCAAGGAGCGCCGGGCGCUGGCCGUGUCCACGGACCACGGAAAGGACCUGCCCUCGGUCCAGCUCCUCAUCAAGAAGAACCAGACCCUCCAGAAGGAGCUCCAGGGCCACCAGCGACGGGUGGAGGAGCUCCUGGGGCGCAGCACCGGCGAGGGGGGCGACGCGUUUUCGGGGUUCCCCGCCGAAAGGGGGGUGCAGGAGCUGCGGGAGGCCUGGGGGGAGCUGCAGCUGCAGGCGGAGGAGCGACACCGACGUUUGGAGAAGGCCCUGGCCGCCCACCAGUUCCUGAGGGACGCCGCCGAGGCCGAAGCUUGGAUGGGCGAGCAGGAGCUCCACAUGUUGGCCCAGGAGAAAGCCAAGGACGAGUUGAGCGCCCAAGCCAUGGUGAACAAGCACUUGGUGCUGGAGCAGGAGCUGAGGGAUUACGCCCAGACCAUCCAAGCGUUGGCGGCCCAAAGCCGGGACAUGGUGACCAACGGGCACCCCGAGAGCGAGCGUCUGGGGCUGCGCCAGGCCCAGGUGGAGAAGCUCUACGUGGGGCUGACGGAGCUGGCGGGGGAACGGCGGGGGGUCCUUCAGGAGCAGCAACGUCUCUGCCAGCUCCGCCGGGACCUGGACCACCUGGAGCAAUGGGUCCAGGAGCGGGAGGUGGUGGCCGCGUCCCACGAGCUGGGGCAGGACUACGAGCAUGUCACGAUGCUGCGGGAGAAGUUCCGGGAGUUUUCGCGGGACACCAGCAGCAUAGGGCAGGAGCGGGUGGACGCGGCCAACGGGUUGGCGGACGCCCUCAUCGCCGCCGGCCACUCGGAGAACGCCACGGUGGCCGAGUGGAAGGAUGGGCUCAACGAGGCUUGGGCCGACCUGCUGGAGCUGAUGGACACCCGCUCCCAGAUGUUGGCGGCUUCCUACGAGCUCCAACGUUUCUUCCACGAUGCCCGGGAGACCUUGGCCCAGAUCCGGGAGAAGCAGCAGGGUUUGCCCGAGGAGGUGGGCAGGGACCUCAACACGGCGGAGGCCAUGCAACGCCUCCACAGCGCCUACGAGCACGACAUCCAGGCCCUCAGCGCCCAGGUGCGGCAAGUGCAGGAGGACGCGGGGCGACUGGCCAAGGCCUACGCCGGGGAGAAGGCGGCCGAGAUCCGUCGGCAGGAGCAGGCCGUCAGCCAGGCCUGGGCCCAGCUGCGGGGCAGCAGCCAUGGCCGCCGCCGCCUCCUCCUCGACACCGUCGACAAGUUCCGCUUCUUGAAGGCGGUCAGGGACCUCCUGCUCUGGAUGGACGGCGUCCGCCUGCAGAUCGAGGGCCAGGAGAGGCCGCGGGAUGUGUCCUCGGCCGACCUGGUCAUCAAGAACCACCAGAGCAUCAAGGCGGAGGUGGAUGCCCGGGCCGACAGCUUCCAGGCCUGCGUGGCCAUGGGCAACGCGCUGCUGGACAAGGGCCACUACGCGGCCGACAAGUGCUGA